UCCGCCACGUGGGAUAAAGUGAGGCAAAUGCCAGUCAGUAGUUCUGGCACGAGCUUUUUGGAAGCGCUAGGGCGGUGGAGGGCGUCUUGUGCGUCGCAUUCCUGAUUGAGCAAUGCAGCGAUUCCAGCUCGCGAUCUUUGCCGCAUUGUGGUUCUUGAGCGCGGGAGCAGCUCUAGGGAUUGGCGGCGGCCAUAAGAAGCAUCGAAUCAAUCGAUGUAGCUUCCCCAAGGGAUUCGUGUUUGGGACUGCAUCAGCUUCCUAUCAGUAUGAAGGGGCUGUGAAAGAGGAUGGUCGAAAGCCGAGCAUCUGGGACACUUUCUCGCACACUCCAGGGAAGAUUAAAGAGGGAAAAAAUGGAGAUAUUGCCGAAGAUCAGUAUCACCGUUAUCGGGAAGAUAUUGGCUUAAUGAAGAACAUGAAUAUGGAUGCGUACAGAUUUUCUAUCUCCUGGUCACGAAUAUAUCCAGAUGGAGACACGAAGAAUCUCAAUGCUGCUGGAGUCGCCCAUUAUAAUAUGCUCAUCAAUAGUUUGCUACACGAAGGAAUUCAACCAUACAUCACUUUAUACCAUUGGGACUUGCCUCAAACUCUCGAAGAUAGCGUCGGUGGAUGGUUGAGUCCACAGAUAGUAAGCAAUUACGCAGCAUACGCGGAAGCGUGUUUUGCUGCAUUUGGAGACAGAGUCAAGCACUGGAUUACUUUCAAUGAGCCUCUAUCUUUCAUUACAUCGGGCUACGCAAGUGGCUCGGGUCCUCCAUCAAGGUGCACGUCGUGCUCCAAAGGAAACUCUGCCACAGAACCUUACAUAGCAGCACAUAAUGUGUUACUCUCGCAUGCCGCAGCCGUCGAUAUCUACCGAAAGAAGUACCAGCCUAAGCAAGGUGGUAAGAUUGGUAUAACUCUCAACUCCAACUGGUACGAACCGUCCACAAAUUCGGCAGCAGACAAAGAGGCUGCCCAAAGAGGACUGGACUUCGACCUUGGAUGGUUUCUAGAGCCCAUUGUGUCUGGCGAUUAUCCAAGGUCCAUGCGAACAUCUGCAGGCACUAGACUGCCUGUGUUUACACCGGAACAGGCAGCUGCGAUUAAAGGUUCUAUGGAUUUUCUGGGACUAAACCACUACACUUCGAAUUAUGCAAAGGCCGGUCAAGUGGUUCCGAGUAAUCAGGUUACUUACUACUUCCAGGACUCCAGAGUCGCGUCGUCAUUUGAGAACAACGGAGUCGCAAUUGGACCAAAAGCGGCAUCAGAUUGGCUUUACAUUGUUCCAUGGGGAUUUCAAAAGCUCGUCACUUACGUUGCUCAGCGCUACAACAAUCCGGUGAUCAUCAUCACUGAAAACGGAGUGGAUGAAUUCAACGAUCCUUCCCGCUCGCUCAAACAAUCUCUCCGUGACACCACGCGAGUGAAAUACUACAGCGACUACAUCUCCAAUUUGCUCCAAGCCAUCAGGAGCAAAGCCGACGUUCGAGGCUACUUUGCGUGGUCUCUGCUGGACAAUUUCGAGUGGAACGAUGGCUACAGCGUGAGAUUUGGCCUCCAUUUCGUGGACUUUAACAACAACCUCAAGCGCUAUCCCAAGCACUCGGCUCUCUGGUUUAAGCGCUUUCUAAACCAAACAUGUGCUUAAACUUCCUCUUAAGCUAAUCCAAUCCUAGAUUUUUCACGUUUAAA